AUGUACAGAAUAGACGUUUCAGAUUUUUAUGACUUCCAAGCGUUCAGAAAUAUGUGUCCAUUUCGAGACUAUAACAAAGCAGUCGAGAAUUUGAAACGUUUAGUCAUUUAUGUCGACUCUGCCCCAGAAUGUUAUGUCAUGAAAGAAUGGGAUGUAGUCUUUAACAAACCUAAAGCGACAAUAGUUUCAGAACAAGAAUGUAAACAGAAACUUAAGAAAAUAAAAGUCGUACAAGUUGGCAUGAAGAUGUUAGAUGCUUGGGAUAUCUUAUUGUCAAAGUUAGAAGAUUUUUCAGUUCGUGGUAUAAAGUUCUAUACACCUUCUCCAAACUUCUAUUCUAUCUUCACUGGAUAUAAAUACGAACAAGUAGAAUGGAAAGAAAAUGUUAUAGAAGCUUGGUUAGACCAUGUCAAAGAAAUUAUAUGCAAUGGAAACGAAAGAGUCUAUGAGUAUAUCUUAUGUUGGUUUGCAAACAUCUUACAACAUCCAAGUGCUAAAAAUGAAACUGCUCUCAUUGUAAUUGGAAAACAAGGAACAGGUAAGAACACUUUCUUUACAGAUAUCUUAUGCAAACU